AUGUUGAAUCAUAUGGGUGGUCAUGGACACGGUCACGCAGAGCCCUACAAAGUACCCGACUAUCGCAUCUACAAAGUUGAAGAUGUUCCCCUCUUGCAAAAAACUCAAACAGCAUUAAAACAACAAGGACUGAGUGAUCCUUGGCUGCGAAAUGAAGUAUGGAGAUACAAUACUAAACAUUUCGGCACAACGAAACAACGCAUAGUUGAACUCUUCGGGCGCGGGUUCAAAUUAGGUUUUGGUGCUUUUGUUGUUACAAUGAUUGCAACUGCAGCUUAUGAUAAAGCUUUCCCACCCAAGCAUGGACAUGGUCAUGACCAUCAUUAA